UACCCAGAACUCACGACUACUGAUCCAGAGAUGGACCCUAUACACGCCAACUGGGAGGAAGUACACUAUAACUCUGAGAGAAAUAUCAUGAGACAAUUUAUGAUCCUGCAACAAGAACAGGAGGUUCCUGUGUUCCUCACCAUGAAGCACUUCACCAAUUGGCUCAUGACAAAGUGGAAGUUCAUGGAUGAGUAUCAGGGAUUGAUCACAGAGAGGACAGAGUGGAGGGAGCUCUUAUUGUCUGAGUUGAUCUGGAAAUCGAAGAGGCUUGAACAGUAUGACUGUAUGAAGCAGGAGAUCUGCAGAGAGCUGGACAUAGAGCACCGUCUGUCUUUGCGGUUUGGCAGAAAGGUGACCACAGAGGGGCUUAAAAUGAUGCUGGAGAAGGUCCAACUAACCGCAGAUCUGGAGGUCAAGUUGAUCUUGGCCACCUUCCCUAGUAAUCUGCCUUACCAGUCAAAGGAGGGGCCUGCAAUGUUUAUUGAAAUUGCUGGAGCUUUCAGUCCAGAGAUUGUUUACUCCACCUUGAGUAACAUCCUCCAGGACCCUGAGGCAGAAGAUGGGUUGGUCGGACACCAGAUGUCAGCCAUCAGGGAGGUGGCCAAGCCGGUGGAGGAGACAGCUGCCACAAUCUUUACAGAAGUGCCACUGUCCAUUCUUGGCACCAUGUCCUUCAAAGCAGCUGUGGACAUAGUGGACACUGUGUCAAACAAGCUUGAAGAGGGAGUGAGAACCUUCGACCAUCUGGGGUUCGACAGCACGUUGUUGGAGUCCAAGGCUACUGUUCUUGAUGCCCUGGUGGACAUCAAAGCAAAUAUCCAAAUGAGCAACCUUCCCGAGAUCCCGAAACAGCUUGUGGUGCCGGCUAUAACAAUUAGCUUGAUCCUUUCCCAAGUUCAGUGCUCAAGCCAAGUAAUGCAAGCUUCUGCCAGCAACGUGGUUAAAGCUCUUAGUGUCUUGCCGUGGGUCAGCGUGACGGAGCAGCAGGAAUUCGGGAACGUCCUACUCCAGUAUUCCGAUGUCUCCAAUGUCAUUGCCGACAUAGGCAGACAGUUUGCUGCUCUGAAGAAAAGAGUCGGUGAUAAUCCAAACCUGGACAGGCACUUGGAAUAUCUGGUGGCGGUGAACAUUGCCUCACGUGUUCCAGAUGAGUAUCUAUCCAACUACGAGGAGGUCCAGUUGACCCGGUAUGUGAUGGCGAGGUUUCUGGAAUCGUCCGUCAAUAUCCUUACUGAGCGCCAGACCUCAGACCCAGGCAGCACCAUGGAGGAACUGGUUGAGGUUGAGGAGCUUCAGCCCUCUGAGGUGGAGGAGAAGCCCUUGGAGAACAUGGCUGUUGAAGAACCAGAAAAGGAUUGGACAGAGAAUUCUACAUCUGAUAAAUUGUCUCUUUUCGAUGUCUCCAACCCCAUUCACAAUGAUGACGCUGACAUAGAGGUUCUCCUACUGCAAGAGAAGACUGAGGUCAGUCCAGACCUGUGCACAGGAGGACCUACUGAAAUCAGGGGUGAGUUCUUCAAGACCUUGUCAGUGGAAGCAAUCUUUUAA